GAUGACAACCGUCUAGAGCCCACUGAAUGAAACGGCUUUUUCUGGUUUAGCCCAUCGUUUCAAAUCUUCCCACAACCCUAAAUAUAUUGUAGGAACGGAAAAUUCUUUCCACGUACAUUUUUAUCUCAUCAAUCUAUUUCAAUCUGUGUUGUGUUUCAUUAAAGCAAUGGGGCGCUGGAUAAAACCAGAGGUCUAUCCACUGUUUGCAGCCACAGGCGUCGCUGUCAGUAUGUGUGUAUUUCAAUUGGUUCGGAACUUGAUAACAAAUCCUGAUGUCAAGAUUUCAAAAGAGAAUUGUCGCGUUGAUGUUCCAGAGAAUUGGGAAGAAGGGAAGAGAUAUGCAGAACAUGGUGUGAGAAAGUAUGUGCGCGAAAGGGCCCCUGAGAUUAUGCCUACAAUCAACUCAUUCUUCGAUAACACUUCUAAGUGAACGUCAAAUGUUACUGGAUAAUAUCUUAUGAUUUUUUUAUAUAAUUUUUAAUUAAAUUUGUCAAAGGGUUAUGUUUAAUUGAUUAAAAAAGUAUUGGAUUUUAUUGUGGA